AUGGGGUUCGAUAUCUCCACGGUACAGUACGCAGGGUUCAACAUCAACGUUUGGGACAUUGGCGGGCAGACGUCGCUUCGCGCGUUUUGGUUCAACUACUUUGAGAAAACGGAUUUCCUCAUGUGGGUUAUCGACAGCUCGAGUUUGCACCGGUUACACGAGAGUUUCACAGAGUUUUCUAAAGUGUUGAGCGAGGAUCGGCUGGCCGGUUGUGGAGUUAUAGUUAUGGUGAACAAGAUGGACCUUUACCAAGGCAAUGUGGACGAGCUGCGCGCGGAGAUCGUCAAGUUGCUUGGGUUGGAUCAGCUGGAGAACCAUUCGUGGCAGAUUGUGCUUGGUAGCGCGUACACGGGGGAAAAUAUCCAGUAUGCAUUGGACUGGAUAACCAAGGAAUAUGAGACACGGUAUUUGAUUCUAUAA